AUGCGUACUAUUCGUUUAGGCAUCGUGUUGAUAUUAGUUCGGUCGGCGACUAGUUCUCUGACUAUCAACACAACGUCAGGACAACUGCGGGGAAAACUAGCAUCCGGGACUUCGGGGGUUAUCGAGUACCUGGGGAUACCUUAUGGUUAUAGCUGCCCUGCAAAUGCAACCUUCGCAUCGAAGAGCGAACUCAUUGCGGCUUCCGGGGAGUUCAACUUCACUAAACAGGCCCCUGCCAUUCUACAGAAUCUACUCGAGCAACCAGAAGUGCAAUACAGCGAAGACUGCCUAACGUUGAAUGUAUGGGCAAAGCCGCCGACUAAUGAGACUACCAAGCCAGUGUUAUUCUGGAUACAUGGAGGAGGAUUUAACACCGGUACUACCAACAACACAGCUUACAACGGAAAGCAUCUUGCAGACCUUGAGGAAGUCGUGGUCAUAUCGGCGAAUUACCGACUCAAUAUCUUUGGCUUUCCAGGAAAUCCUCAUAUAACGAACAAUCUAGGAUUACUUGAUCAACGUCUUGCAGUAGAAUGGGUCCGUGACAAUAUUGCAGCUUUCGGUGGAGAUCCGGAUCGCAUCACAAUCUUUGGACAGUCGGCAGGCGGGUCAUCCGUGGACUAUUAUAGCUACGCAUGGACCGAGGAUCCCAUCGUUGCGGGCUUCAUUUCUGAUUCUGGCACGGUCUUGUCCCCUAAUGCUCAAGCUUCCGAGAGUGCAUCUGCCGAUGCGUGGUACAAUGUCACGGCUACCCUUGGAUGCGGAGAUGAAGGUUCGGAUCCUGACACGUUGCUUAUUUGCAUGCGGUCACUAGAUUGGGAGGACGUACAAGACGCAAUCCCUAGCAGCACCGGGAUAUCUUCAGUGACAGGAUCGUUUGGACCAACCGUUGACGACAUCAUUGUUUUCUCGGACUACGUAAAUCGCUCUAUUGCAGGCAACUUCAUCCAACGACCUCUAUUUAUCGGCAGCAAUAAUUAUGAAGUAGGAUUGUUCCGUGCCAUUUUCGACGUUGAAGGGGUGACUUUUUCCGAAGCUCAAUGGGAUUAUCUGAACUUUGUAAUAUACACCUGCCCAGCAAGUUAUCGCGCCAGGUACAAUGUGCAAAAUAACAUCCCGACUUGGAGAUAUCGGUACUUUGGAGAGUUUCCGAAUUUGAGGUUGACAACAAACCCAGAUUCAGGGGCGUGGCAUGGUAGUGAGGUGCCCCUCAUAUUUAAUACGGACACGGAUAUCCAGAAUCUGGUUGCACGAACGACUGCAGAGGCCAAAAUUGCAGACUAUCUGCGAAAAGCAUGGGUGGCUUUCGCUACUGAUCCAGAAGGUGGCCUUGCAUCGAUACAACAAUACAACGGGGCCGCAGACGGUGUAUCCGGGUGA